CUGGUUAAUUUUUGCCCAAUCUGGGGCUGUGGGGCUCCUCCCCCUGCCCCUCAGGGAUAUAAGUCUGGCCAGACGCUGCGCCUGCUCCUCGCCGUCCUGAACCUCCCCCAGCUCCCCCCCUGCCCUCACCAUGGCCAAGGGCUUUACAUUUCCAAGCCCGUGGGCAUCCUGGCCAUCCUCCUGGGCGUGGCGGCCGUGUGCACCAUCAUCGCUCUGUCCGUGGUGUACUCCCAGGAGAAGAACAGGAGCACCGAGAGCUCCGCGGCGGCCUCCACGGCGGCCCCCACGGGCCCUACCACCACCGUGGCUACUACCUUGGACCAAAGCAAGCCCUGGAACGUCUACCGUCUACCCAAGACGCUGAUUCCCGACUCCUACAACGUGACGCUGAGGCCCUACCUCACCCCCAACAAUAAGGGCCUGUACGUCUUCACGGGCACAAGCAUCGUUCGCUUCACGUGCAAGGAGUCCACCAACAUCGUCAUCAUCCACAGCAAGAGGCGCAACUACACCAACCACCAGGGGCACGUGGUGGCCUUGUGCGGGGGGCUCCAGCCGCAACCUGUCAUCGUCAGGACGGAGCUGGUGGAGCUCACCGAGUACCUGGUCGUGCACCUCCAGCCGCUGGUGGCCGGCAGACAGUACGAGAUGAAGAGGGUUCCAGGGGAGCUGGCCGACGACCUGGCGGGCUUCUACCGCAGCGAGUACAUGGAGAACGGUCAAAAAGAGCUGGCCUGUCGGGGCCCAGAGGCUGCCUGGGGGAGGGUGCUGGCCACGACACAUAUGCAGGCUACAGAGGCCCGGAAAUCCUUCCCGUGCUUUGACGAGCCCGCCAUGAAGGCCACGUUUAACAUCACCAUCAUCCACCCCAACAACUUGGUGGCCCUGUCCAACAUGCUGCCCAGAGGCCCCAGCGUCCCGUUUGGUGAAGAUCCCACCUGGAAAGUCACCGAGUUCGAAACCACACCCAUAAUGUCUACUUUGCUGGCCUACAUCGUUAGUGAGUUCUCAUAUGUGGAGACAAGAGCUCCCAGUGGCGUCCUGAUCCGGAUCUGGGCCCGGCCCAGUGCAAUCAACCAGGGCCAUGGCGAUUAUGCCCUGAAGGUGACAGGCCCCAUCCUGGACUUUUCCCAACAUUACGACACGCCUUGGCCCACGCCGCCCCCAGACCAGAUUGCCUUGCCUGACUUCAACGCUGGCGCCAUGGAGAACUGGGUGGUGACCUACCGGGAGAGUGCGCUGCUGUAUGACAGGCAGUCCUCCUCCAGCGGCAACCAGGAGCGUGUGGUCACCGUGAUUGCUCACGAGCUGGCCCACCAGUGGUUUGGGAACCUGGUGACCUUGGAGUGGUGGAAUGACCUAUGGCUGAACGAGGGCUUCGCCUCCUACGUGGAGUACCUAGGUGCCGACUUUGCAGAGCCCACGUGGAAUUUGAAAGACCUCAUGGUGCUGAACGACGUGUACCGUGUGAUGGCUGUGGACGCCCUGGCCUCCUCCCACCCGCUGUCAACUCGCUCGGAGAUCAACACGCCGGCCCAGAUCAGUGAGGUGUUUGACUCCAUCUCCUACAGCAAGGGAGCCUCUGUCCUCAGGAUGCUCUACUUCCUGACCGAGGACCUGUUCAAAGAGGGCAUGCGGUGGGAUCUACUCCAUACCUAAUACGGGAACACCAUCUACCUGAACCUGUGGGAGCACCUGCAGCAGGUUGUAGACAAACAGCCGACCAUCAAGCUGCCCGACACCGUGAGUGCCAUCAUGGACCGCUGGAUCCUGCAGAUGGGCUUCCCCGUCAUCACCGUGGACACCCAGACAGGCACCAUCUCCCAGCAGCACUUCCUCCUUGACCCCCAGUCCGUGGUCACCCGCCCCUCACAGUUCAACUACCUGUGGAUCGUUCCCAUCUCUUCUGUCAGAAACGGCAGCCCGCAGGCUCACUACUGGCUGCCGGGCGUCGAAAAAGCCAAGUCCUACCUACGCCCCUUCUCCUCCCCCUUCCCUUGGCAUCGCCUGAGGCUUGAGGGCCAGCGCCCAGAAGACCUGUUCAAGACCACAGCUAAUGACUGGGUUCUGCUGAUCAACGUGACGGGCUACUACCUGGUGAACUAUGACAAUGAAAACUGGAAGAUCCAAACCCAGCCUGCAGCAGACCUGUCGGUCAUUCCUGUCAUCAAUCGGGCUCAGGUCAUCCACGAUGCCUUCAACCUGGCGAGUGCCCAAAAGGUCCCCGUCACUCUGGCGCUGAACAACACUCUCUUCCUGAUCCGAGAGACCGAGUACAUGCCCUGGCAGGCCGCCCUGAGCAGCCUGAGCUACUUUAAGCUCAUGUUCGACCGCUCUGAGGUCUACGGCCCCAUGAAGAGGUACCUGAAGAAGCAGGUCACGCCCCUCUUCAAUCAUUUCGAAAGAGUCACCAAAAACUGGACCGAUCACCCGCAAGCCCUCAUGGACCAGUACAGCGAGAUUAACGCCGUCAGCACCGCCUGCUCCUACGGGGUUCCUGAGUGUGAGAAGCUGGCCGCGACUCUUUUCGCCGAGUGGAAGAAGAACCCCCAGAACAACCCGAUCCACCCCAACCUGCGGUCCACCGUGUACUGCAAUGCCAUCGCCCAGGGCGGCGAGGAGGAGUGGAACUUCGUGUGGGAGCAGUUCCUAAAGGCUGAACUGGUGAACGAGGCUGACAAACUCCGCGGAGCCCUGGCCUGCAGCAACCAGGUCUGGAUCCUGAACAGGUUCCUGAGUUAUACCCUGGACCCUAACCUCAUCCGGAAACAAGAUGUCACCAGCACUCUGAGCAGCAUCUCCAGCAACGUCGUCGGGCAAACCCUGGUCUGGGACUUUGUCCAGAGCAACUGGAAGAAACUCUUUCAGGACUAUGGCACUGGUUCCUUCUCCUUCUCCAACCUCAUCCAGGCGGUGACCCGACGAUUCUCCACUGAGUUCGAGCUGCAGCAGCUGGAGCAGUUCAAGAAGAACAACGUGGACACAGGCUUCGGCUCAGCCACCCGAGCUCUGGAGCAGGCCCUGGAGAAGACCAAAGCCAACAUCAAGUGGGUGAAGGAAAACAAGGAUGUGGUGCUCAGGUGGUUCACAGAAAACAGCUAAUGGUCCUUGGUCCUUGCAGUCACCUGGCCCCCAUGUGAGAUGCCUAUUCCGUGUCUGUCCCGGUGGCCCACGGCAGGACCCCUUCCUGGAGCCUGAGGCAAUGGUGUCCUCACCCCAGGACAAAGUCUCUGGCCCAGGUUUUCUCCACUCUGCCCAUGGGGCCAAUCCAGUUCCUGAUGGCCAGACUGCCCCAACACCUCUCAGUCCCUGCCCCUCCUGCCAACUCCACCCCAGGCCUGGCAUGGUGUCUGUCACCCAGGGCCCUGGGGCUGAUCUCAGGGAAGCCCAGCGCUGGGGUCAGAUGAGCAGAAGCCCUUGAUGGACGAUGGAUGGCCUUAGGGGGCGGCCCUGUGCCCUCUCUCACCUUCCCAUAAAUUUCCUGAACCUGAGGAAUCAACAGGGCACCAGAUCUAUAUAUUUUUUUUCUAAGAGAAAGUGUAAAUAAAGGAUUUCUAGAUCAA